GAAUCUUUGAUAUAUAUCGUCCGUUUUGUUGGUAGGGGGGAAUUCUCUCUGCGAGUAAGCUCAGACAGCCGGGAACUGCCAGGCCAUGUUUCAAAAUAACGUAUAGAGUUCAAACAUCGUGAAAAAAGGCUGUAGCUUUUUAGCAGAGUCGCUGUUGAUUUGAAAAGCAGGCUAGUGUUUUUGAGUAAGGAUUACCAGUGGGUUAUACGGGACUAUCUUCGAUGCAGCAGGAACAAGACCGAGACGUGCCAUAUGAUUGUGAUGGAACGUAUAGCCCGGAUAAAGUGUCGUUUGAAUUUGACGAGUCGUUUGAGACAGAGAAAUCAUCCAAGAUGGGCCUCAAUGGAUGUGGUAACUUCCUCAAAUACUCCAUGUUCCUGUUCAACGCCAUCAUCCUGGUCGCAGGAUGUGGGUUGUUAGGGCUGGGCAUCUACACCCGCACCAGCCAGACGGGGAUCACGAAGGUGUCGGCCAUCUUGGGCAGCAAUCUCUACUCCAUACUGUCAUUGGCUCUCAUGGUAACUGGGGGCGUGGUCAUCGUUCUCUCAUUCCUCGGAUGCUGCGGCGCCAUCAAGGAAGUCCGAUGCAUGCUGGUUACGUUCUUCGCCUUACUGCUUGUGAUGUUCUUCGGGCUUGUCGUGGGCGGCGUCCUCGUCUAUGCAUACAGAGGCCAGAUUGGCGAGCAUACGAUAAACGAGCUGUAUCGGUCACUGAACUCAAGUUACGGCAUGGCAGGAAAAGAUCCAGUUACAAAUGCGUGGGAUUUUAUGCAAAAAAUUUUCGGUUGCUGUGGAGUGGAUGGUGGCAUCAACUCGACGACAUCUUGGGCGUACUACAAGGAGAACACCCUGUGGUACAAGAACCAGACAGGUAUCAGAAGGUACAUCCCCGACAGCUGUUGUAAAACACAGAUGUCCGAGAACCUGACAAAGUGUACCGGAUUGGACUAUCCCAAACUGACACCAGCGGUCGGGCCUCCGGUGGUUGACAUCACCUUCAAUGACCAGAUGUUUACAGAGGGUUGCUACACGAAGUUUUUUGCUUUCCUCGCAAGCAACGCACGGAUACUUGGUGGGGUAGGGGUGGGCGUGGCUGCAAUGAUGGUCCUCGGGAUGACGUUUGCCCUGUGUUUGUGCCGCCGAAUAAAAGAUGACUACUAUUUUGACUGACAUUGGACCACCACCAUUUCCAACCACACGGACUCCGCACCCUGCACACAUUGUCAGUUGUCAUGGUUAUUAACGUGUCAUUUAUAACGGUUUUAGCGAACUGGAGAAUCAGCGCUUUGUUUAAUUAAGACGUAGACAGUCGAUCAGAUGAUCUAGAAUAUCAUCCUCUUGCAGCCAGGACAAACCGUGACAGUUGACGAUACAUUAACCUGUAGAUACACCGGAGACAUUUCGUUUUUCAAGGAUAGGGUACUAGUAUUCAGAAAGUAAACGUAAGAGUAUGGAGGUUCAGGAGUGUGAAUACGCAAUGUGAAUAAUUAUUUUAUGUUAUGUGCUUUAUUUCAUGUAUUAAACAUUUGAAAACGACAAACGUAUGACCUUAAAUAAUGAGUAUCUUUAUCAAUAUCAAUAUUUAGUAUCACAAAUAUUAUGAUAAUGUGUCAUGUUUUAUCCGUUUUGCGACACUAUACUAGGUCUUGUUUGUGGUUUGUCACAGUUGUCACGAAACGGGAAUAGUGAGGCGGCUGCAGGGGUUCGUGGCCUGUCCUGUCUAUCAGUUUGUGUGUGUGUUUGGAAUUACACAUAUCACUAUAUCUGGAAGUAUUACGUUGGUGAAUUGUUUUAACCACGGUUGCUAGAGACUGUACUUCAUUGUAUAUGUGUAUUGAAAUACUUGUAGGAAAACCACGUACCACCCUGUUUAAGGGGUAUACUACUCACUGUUCACAAAGUCUGUAUUAAUUAAGCCUGUUCAAGAUCUGGUUUCCGGAUCGCGUCACCCAAAAGCCAAGAGAUUCAUCAAACCAACUAAUUCAACCACAGAGCAUGAUCUGAGAUUACGAAGUAAAUAACGAAUUAAAAACAUUACAACGAACAGAGUAAGGAUCUACUGCAGUUUGAUAUCGCUAGUUGGAAGUUGAUGAAUCUGCAAGUGUUGAAGGUACCCACGUUAACCUCCAGCUCUUGACAAACGGACUGCCCAUCACUGUAGAGUUAUCAUCAAUGCAAGACAUUAAUGCAAAACCAACUAUUCAAAGCAGCAGCGACAAACCGCGCAGAACUUGAUUUCAUUUGGAAACAUCACAUGUGUAACGUUUUCUGGUGUUCAUAAUUUCUAACAGACCUAACUGAAAACAAGCCCUGCUUUAGUAGAUUCAUAAGGAACAUCUAUCCGUGCUGAUAUCACAUACAGUUAUACCAAGAUAAUGUACGGUUAUAAUGAUAUUACAGUUCUGUUAUAGUGAUAUCACGUACAGUUACAAUGAUAUCAUGAUUGUUUUGCCACUAUGCGACAGUAAUGUACAUUAUGUAAAUAAGCAAUGCCGUCCUACUAUAGACAAAAUUUCUUAUCUAUGUAAAUAUUAUUUAUAUCGUUUGUAUCUCUGUGAAUAUUUCAUUCAUUGCUCAUUGGCAUAGAGUGUAGUAGGUCAUGCCCCGAGACUUCUCUGCUGAGAUGGCAGGUUUCUUGAAACGUCACCGCUGAGACGGCCUGCAUAUUGCGACGUCAACGAGACGUCAUCACUGGGACGGUCUGUUUCAUAGACGACACCAAUGAGACGAUCUGUAUACUGAGACGUCACCAUUAGACUGUUUGUUUCUUGAGACGUCAUCAAUGACACGAUCUGUAUAUUGCGACGUCAUCACUGAAACGGCUUGUUUCUUGAGACGUCAUUACCGAGACGCCCUGUUGAAGGAGGCGUCACCAUUAAGACGGUCUGUUCCAUGAGGCGUCACUAUUAAGACGGUCUGUUCCACGAGGCGUCACCAUUAAGACGGUCUGUUCCAUGAGGCGUCACUAUUAAGACGGUCUGUAUACAGAGACGUCACCAUAAAGACGGUCUGUUCCAUGAGGCGUCACUAUUAAGACGGUCUGUAUACAGAGGCGUCACUAUUAAGACGGUCUGUAUACAGAGGCGUCACUAUUAAGACGGUCUGUAUACAGAGACGUUACCAUUAAGACGGUCUGUAUACAGAGACGUUACCAUUAAGACGGUCUGUAUACAGAGACGUUACCAUUAGGACGGUCUGUAUACAGAGACGUUACCAUUAAGACGGCCUGUAUACAGAGACGUUACCAUUAAGACGGUCUGUAUACAGAGACGUUACCAUUAAGACGGUCUGUUUCAUGAUUUGUAAUGGGAAUUCCAUCAUUUAAUCUAUUUUCAAAAUAUUUACCUCCUUUACAACAAGAAGAGAGAGUUGACUUGUUUUGUCUGCUCCAUGUUACUUCAUCGCUAAGCAUUUUAUGUUCACUUAUAAGGGGAAGCAUCUCUGCCGACAUAUGUUUAAAUAUAGUGUAUCACAAUGCCAUUUCGCGAAGCUGUAUUGUUUUGUGUCGAAGUGUAGGUGAACGUGAUUGUAUGGGUGCUUCAUAUGCAUGAUCACAUCGCUCGGAUUGCGGUGGCGGUGACGGAGUGCAGUCGUGGACAACGUCAAUCGCAAUGCGAAGACUUUUUAGACACCAUACAUCAUUGUAGACAUUUGUCACACGAUAAAAAGGUUACAACGCUGUCGACCAAGAUAAAACAACAUUGUUGACAAAAGUGCUGCGUAAACAAUGUCAAGACAUGGUCACACAUUGUCACAGCAGUGUCAUAUUGUCACAGACUUGUAACAGUUUGUCACGGUUCAACUGCCAUAAUGUCUUGCUGUACAAAGAAUGCUGUUUAGCUCUAGCAUGAAGUCAUCGGAAUUAUCAACAAAUAGUUAGCUCUAUGAAAUGGAUCGGUACUCUCCGAACAGAUCUCAAAUAUAUGUGUUUGUUUGGAAAAUAAAUUCAGUGCUUUUUAA